AUGGAAACCAGCUAUGCGCCGUCCGACGGCCACGACGCCGACGAGGCCGCGCCCCUCGUCGCCGCGUGCAGCCCCGACUCGUCCCCCAAGUACAACCGGCCCGCGGUGCUUCUGCUCUGCGGCCUGCUGACCGUCGUGGCCGACUUUGGCGGCUCGCUCACGGCCGCCCCCGAGGUUCGCCUCCUCGAAAUGACCGUCUGCCGGGCGUUUUACGCGCCGCGCGAUCCCGGCGUCAUCGGGCCCCCGCCGCUCGGAUACGUCGACGAGUCUCUCUGCAAGGUGGCGGAUAUCCAGGUGUCGCUGGCGUAUCUGCGGGCUUGGAAGCGCUGCCUCGACAGCAUCCCCGGCUACUUCUACGACGUCUUUUCUCCCAAAUCCAUCUGGUUCGGGUCGCUGUUUCUGGCACUGGGUGGUGGUUCGCGGAUGCUCACGGCGGUGCUCAACAGCGUCAUUGUCGACGUUUGCGCUGAAGAAAAACGCUCGGUGGUAUUUUACAUAUUUGGCGCUGCUAUCCAUAUUACUGACAUUGUCGCCCUGCCGCUGGGCUCGUGGUUCCUGAGCCAGGACCUUUGGCUGCCCUUCAAGUUUUGCUCGCCCCUGAUGCUUAUGUCCUUUGCCAUAGUGCUCCUUCUUCCGGAAACCAUGACACUCUCCCAAUACUCUCCGUUCGUCAACAUGUCGCGGCAGGACCGGGAGAGAACACCCGAGCGUAAGCCUGUUGGACAAAGAAACAUGGCAGAUGCUCUUCGACGCUUGUACGGCAUGGCUCGCCGUAAUGACGGAACCCUGGGCUGGUUUGCCUUGAUCUUCGUACACUCCUUUGCGAUCCAAUCCAGCCCCCUACUUCUUCAGUUUGCCUCAAAACGCCUAGAGUGGACGCUGGCUCGCGCGGGCUAUCUCCUCUCCAUCAGAGCCGUCUGUGCCGUAGUAGUCCUUGUAGUACUGGUUCCGGCAGCGAACUUGGUAGUGGGCAGGAAGGCUAGACAUCCACGCCAGGACGGCAUCGAUAUCCUCGUUUGCAGGUUGACUCUGUUUCUGCUUGCUGCGGGCAACGUAAUCAUUGGCUUCAGCACCAGCGCCAUCGUCAUCAUACUUGGCACAAUCAUCGUGUCCUUUGGAAUCCCGUUCCCACAAGCCAUGCAGGGAAUUCUCGGGGAUAUAGCCCAGCGCGAGGGCUCCAGCACGGCGAGUCUGUACGCAGGGCAGGCGCUUACGGAGCUGGCAGGGGCGUCUUUGGGGACUUUAUCGAUGGCGACCAUCUUCGACCUCGGCUCGCAUCUCGGCGGCGAGCGUGAGCUAGGCUUGGGGAUGCCAUUCUGGGCAAGUGCCGUCCUGUUUGCCGCGGCCUUUUUUGCAUCUUAUAUUUCUUUGUCAACUUUAGGACUUGUACGGGCAAGAAAUUUCACAGUGCGCCGCGACGAAUGA